ACCGGCGAAGCCAUCAUCUUUGACCUCAAUGGCCAAGAUGAGUUACAUUCUUAGGCUAAUUGUCAUUGUGCUUACUCUGCUAGCAACUAUAGUGAUGGGUGUGGCAAAGGAGACUGUCAUCGUUGAUGUUUCAGCUGAUUAUACUUUAGAAGGGGAGACAAAAUCCACCUACAACUCUUCAUUUGUGUACUUCAUCAUCGUCAACACACUCGCCUGCGUAUACUCUGCAGUCUCCGUCGGCAUCUCCUUCACCAACCAGAACAACUCUUCCAUCCACCUUCCUCUCUCCAUAGCCGAUCUCAUCGUCGCCAUUCUCCUCUUCACAGGAAACGCUUCAGCUGCUGCUAUAGAGAUCGUGGCUCAGAAAGGCAAUAACCAUUUCGGCUGGACAAAGAUCUGCAACUAUGCCAGCAAGUUCUGUGACCACUUGACAGCUUCCAUAGUUCUCUCCACUCUAGCUUCUGUCAUCUGCGCUGUGGUGCUUGUGCUCUCCAUGAUUAGUCUUCAGAAGAAAUCUCAUUGAUAAUACGUACCGGGUGUGUGUGUGGUUGCAUGGAUGGAUGUGUCUCGCUCGGUUUUCUGUCAUUGGAAGUUAUUUGUGAUGAUUUCGUGGUUGAAUAUAUAGAUAUAUUUGAGAUAAUUUGUAAGGAGAUUUGGAUUUUAUGUUGAUUAGGUUUGUGAAAAUUAAUAUUUGGUUUAGUGUGUUUGAUUUUGAUGGAAUGGAUGGUAGGUUUUAUGGUUAGAUAAUAAAAGAAUAGAGGGGUGAAAUUGUUGUACGUUUUAAUUGUAUGUAUGUUGUGUCAAUUUUAGCUAAU